AUGAAUUUUGAAAAGGAGCCGGUGAAGUUCGCCAAAACCGAGGCUCUCUCGAGCUCGGUAUCACUCAAUACUUCUGAAUCAAAUUCUUUGAUGGGAAGGAUAAAAAAUUCAUUCAAGAGACAUGAAUUGACUUUGAUAUCUGAAGACCAAGAAAUUAACGAUGUUCCUGAGCAGGAGAGAAUUCAGAGGAGACUAGCAUCUCAACCUUACCAAAAGGUUUUAGAUCAAAGACAUUUGACUAUGAUUGCCAUUGGAGGAACCCUGGGGACAGGUCUUUUCAUUGGGCUUGGCUAUUCCUUGGCCUCUGGUCCAGGUGCUCUUUUGAUUGGUUUUCUUUUGGUAGGUACAUCAAUGUUCUGUGUGGUCCAGAGUGCAGCGGAACUAUCGUGUCAAUAUCCAGUAAGUGGAUCCUAUGCGACUCACGUAAGUAGGUUUGUGGAUGAAUCGGUUGGUUUUACAGUCUCCACAAAUUAUGCAUUGGCAUGGCUCAUCUCUUUCCCCAGCGAGCUUAUUGGUUGCUCUAUCACAAUUACAUAUUGGAACCAAUCAGUGAAUCCUGCAGUGUGGGUCGCUAUAUUCUACAUCUUCAUAAUGGGUUUGAAUUUAUUUGGAGUGAGAGGUUUUGCAGAGACUGAGUUUUUCUUAUCCAUUAUCAAAGUUCUAGCUAUUAUCAUCUUCAUCAUUAUUGGUAUUGUUCUUAUCGCUGGAGGUGGCCCAGAUUCAUCGGGUUAUAUCGGCACAAAGUAUUGGCACCAACCUGGAUCUUUUGCACAACCAGUUUUCAAAAAUCUGUGUAAUACUUUUGUGUCUGCAGCUUUCUCUUUUGGUGGAAGUGAACUAGUGCUUUUGACCAGUACAGAAGCUAGAAAUGUCUCAUCUAUUGCCAGGGCCGCCAAGGGCACUUUUUGGCGUAUCGCUGUUUUCUACAUAACCACUGUUGUCAUCAUUGGAUGUUUGGUACCAUAUACGGACGAGAGAUUGUUAAAUGGAUCAAGUAGUGAAGAUGUUUCUGCUUCCCCGUUUGUGAUCGCCCUAAGCAAUUCUGGUUCAAUGGGUGGAAAAGUUGCGAACUUCAUGAAUGUAAUUAUUUUGAUUGCUGUUCUGUCUGUGUGCAAUUCCUGCGUCUAUGCUUCCUCGAGAAUUAUUCAAGCUCUAGGUGCUGCGGGCCAACUUCCAAAGGCAUGUUCCUUCAUAGACAAAAAGGGUAGACCUUUGGUGGGUAUUGCGAUCAGUGGUGUUUUCGGUUUAUUAGGCUUCCUUGUUGCUUGUGAUAAGGAGGGUGAAGUUUUCACCUGGCUCUUUGCCCUAUGUUCCAUCUCAUCUUUCUUCACUUGGUUCUGCAUAUGUUUAUCGCAGGUCAGGUUCAGAAUGGCGUUAAGAGCUCAAGGUAGACCUAAAAGUGACAUCGCAUACAAAUCUAUGCUAGGGGUUUAUGGAGGUAUUGUAGGUUGUGUGCUAAACUUCCUUCUAAUUGCCGGCGAAAUAUAUGUUGCAUCAUCUCCAGUGGGAGGUGAAAGCUCUGCAAGAGGCUUUUUCGAAUACUGUCUCAGUAUACCAAUCAUGAUCGUUGUCUACUUCGGUCACAGAUUUUACCGUAACGAUUGGGGGAACUGGUAUAUCAAACGCAGAAAUAUUGAUCUUGAUACCGGUUGUUCUAUCGAGAAUGUCGAACUAUUUAGACAACAGAGAGAGCAGGAGCAAGAGAAAAUAUCCAGUAGGCCGUUCUAUUACCGUAUUUACCGUUUCUGGUGCUAG